UCUGAGAGAGGUAGUUAAAUAGGUUGAAGGAAAACGCGCGAUGGAUUCGAACAUGGAGGAAGACAACGACGACUCUCAAACCCUAGAAAGACAACAUCGAAGCAGUUUCAAGAGAAAACACUUCCAUAACAACAACAAUAACAACAGCGAUGACGAUCCAAACUUCGAUUACGACGCUUCUGCUGCUGCUGCUACUGCACAAGGAUUGGAAGAAGACGAACAUUGCGAUUCCGCCGAGGAGGCUUGGAAGACACUUAACAAGAGCUUUCGUCAAGUACAGUCCAUUUUGGAUCAUAACCGAGUUUUGAUUCAACUUGUCAACGAGAAUCAUCAGUCGCAGUUACCUCACAAACUCGUCAACAACGUUGCCCUAAUUCGCGAGAUCAAUGCAAAUAUAGGUAAAGUCGCUUCUCUUUAUUCCGAUCUAUCCAUCAAUUUCUCCAACUUAAUUCAUCAGCACAAAGCUUUAACCACCACCAACAAGGAUCAAGUUAAUAUGAACACUUGAGAGACAACAAUUUCUCCGAUUCAUCUUUAUUUUAUGAACACUUUGAUUUGAUUUGAUAUGAUCUGAUGAGAAAGCUGAAUGAAUGAAAUUAGAUUAUUUACAGCAAGUUAACAUUAUA